UUAGUUUUGGGGGCAGCGGAGCCGCAGGACAUCUCUCCCCACGUUAAAACCCGAACCCCGGCGCUUGAACCCAGCCGUGAACGGUUAACCACCGGCUGUUGUUGUUGUGGUGACUUCCACGGCACAGUGAGCGUGUAGCUCCGAGAAACACCGGAUACGACAACCGUUACCGGGAGAGAGACUUCCGCUGAGAAGCCCGGCGGGGGAAAAUCGUCUCAGUCGAUAUUUAUUGGAAAGCGUCGGCAUGUAGCUGCACGGUGUACAGGUUGCCAGGCUGUCCGUCAUGAAGAAGAGAGCCAACAAGGUGCAAGAGGAGGAGGAGGAGGAGACCUUGUGCUGCUGCGAGUAUGUGAACAGACACGGAGAGCGCAGCCAUGUAGCAGCCUGCUGCUGCGACUGCGAGGACCUCGAUGACGCUUGCGACAGGUUUCUGAAGAGGGAGCCUCAGAAACCUGAGUCCCUAUCACAGGUGACAGAAGUUGUCACCGACCGGAUUCGUGUGCCCUGGCUGUGGGGCGGAGCCCGCAAAGUGGACCUGUCCGUCAUCCCGCCUCUCAUUCUCCUUCCUGUGCUGCUGCACCUCGCUGCUCUCCACUUCCUGCUUGGCAUUGUGGUGCUGACAGCUCUGCCCGGCCUGGUGCUGUGGUACUACUACAUCACCCACCGCAAGAAGGGACGGACACUCUUCUUCCUCAGCCUGGCCCUCUUCUCCCUGGCUUACAUGUACUACUUGUUCAUCACAGAGGUGCUUCCCCGCGGCGAUAUCGGCCUGGUCCAGCUAUUGGUGGUAACUGCAGGGGUCAUCUUCACCCUGUUAGCUCUUGUCUACACUAAGAGAGAACCUGGCAUUGUGCUGCCAAACCAAAAGCUCGUCCACAGCACGGUGACUUAUUACAGCCCUCUCGCAGACAGAGACCCCGCCGUCAAUGGGGGGACGCAGGAAGUGACGAUGACAGUACUCAACCGGGCGGGAUCGUCGGCGCAGUCGGGGCUGGAGCUGAAGGAAAGCAGCCGAAAGAACUGGUGUCCAGUGUGCAGGGUGGUGCGGCCCCCAAGGGCGGGACAUUGUCGGAUCUGUGGCGUCUGCGUUCUGCGUCUCGACCACCACUGUGUCUGGAUAAACAGCUGUGUGGGGCAGUCCAAUCACCGCAGCUUCCUGCUUACACUCGUCCUCUUCCUAUUGACGUCUCUGUACGGGAUCAGCCUGGUGCUGCAGAGUGUGUGUCCGAGACAACACCUCCUCACCGCCCUUCUGUAUUGCCCGGGGGUCUACAACCAGUACAGCACUGCACUUUGCUUCACCUGUGCCUGGUACAGCAGCAUCGUGACUGUUGGGCUGCUUCACCUGCUGCUGGUGCAGGUCAUCAACGUCAGCUACAACGUGACCGAGCGCGAAGCACGCAUCGCUUUGCGAGACAAAACGGCUCGCAGCGCCUACUGGGGACUCGUCGUGGACACCGGUGUCUACUCUCGAGGCUUCCGUGGCAACUGGGCCGAGUUCAUGACCAUGGGAGACAAACUGAAUCCUCCCUCUCCCGCCCCAACAGACCUGGUUGCCUUGGUGGGAGCCAACAAACGAAAAAUGUGAGAAUGAGUGAUCUGCUGAUCCUCAUAGGGACAUUGUCUUUGAGCACAGCAGCAUAAUGAUGCCUCUGGAGCUGGUCAGUCCUGCCCAAAACAUUUCAUGGAUGGUCUCUGCACACUCCUCCUCCUCCAUCCUCCACAAACACUAAACUGCAGCGUUUACAAAGGGGAAGACCCUCCUUGACCUCGUGAAAUGAGUCACGGAUAUUUUAGCACAGGCAAAUGAAACCUCUCAGCACAAGCCAGAUAGUCAGCCUGUCAUCGCAUUAAACAUAAUGACAGAUUGCAGUUGUGAAUAUAUUAAAAGUUACUUUCACUCUUUUGAGGUGGUUCAGACUGACUCCUGAAAACAGCAAAUAAAUCAAUACUCAGUAAUGUACUAUCGCAGCUCUUUAGUCGUCAGAGGGACUGAAAGUUCUUUCUUUUUCUUAAUUGUAUUGGCCCAGUUGUGUGUUUGUAUGAAA